UGUUGCACGCGCAUUAACCGUUGGCUAUUUUCUGUUGGGGUAAAUUGCAGGAGUGAAACAUUAAGCGGGAUUAAUGGGGGUCUGUAGCUAAUUAUUAGUUAAUGUAACGCCUGUAUUGAAGAAGGAGACCUUUGUAACUUUAUUUUGGAGGAACAUGGUUGACUGGAGUCCGAUAGCGAAGGUGUACGACCCGCUGAAAGCUGGCAGCAUCGACGGCACGGACGUGGAGCCCCAUGACCGGGCGGUAUGGAGGGCUAUGGGUGCCCGCUACAAGCCCAACAAAGGCGUCGUGGGAGACCCGCUGCUCACCCUGUUUGUGUCCCGUCUUAACCCCCAGACUACAGAGGACAAACUGCACCAAGUGUUCUCCAAGUACGGAGACAUCCAGCGGCUCCGGCUGGUCCGGGACAUCGUCACGGGCUUCUCCAAAGGAUACGCCUUCAUUGAAUACAAGGAGGAGCGGUCGGUUGUCCGAGCUCGCCGGGACGCCAACAAGCUGGUGGUGGACCAGCACGAGCUGUUUGUAGAUUUUGAGCAAGAGAGGACCCUCAAAGGGUGGGUCCCCCGGCGGCUUGGUGGCGGGCAGGGGGGGAAGAAAGAGUCCGGACAGCUGCGGUUUGGUGGCAGAGACAGACCUUUCCGUAAACCCAUUAACCUCGCAGUCGGUCCGGUGCAUGAACGGGGAGGCGGUGGUGGAGGGAGGGAGUGGGAUAGACAAGGGGUGAGGGACAGGGAGGACCGGGACCGACACAGAGAGGCCGAGUGGGGCAGCAGCAGAGGGAGGAGAGAUGACUGGGACAGAGGCAGGGAGAGGGAUGACCGCAGACACGGAGACAGGAGCAGGCACCGGGACAGGAGAUGAAGCCCAUAUCUUUAACACCGGAGAUAAUCUCACCCCUUUUAAAGGUGAUCUGUGAUCUGUCUGUGACGGAUGAUUGAUCCACAGUCCAGCUGCCUGCCUCCAGUGGAGGAAGUUUAUGCCAAGUGUGCAGUGAAGAGGAGUGUCAGCUCAUUUCAGUCAAAUUUGCACACAGGAGACUGGACUAAUAGACAGACUAAACAUUUCAGUCACAGAGGACAUUCUUAGGUUAUCAUUAAUUCGGGUUGGGUGUGGAAUCAGGGCUGCAACUAAUAUUGUUUUCAUUACCAGUUAAUCCUGAUUUUGUGUAGGAAAUGUCAGAAAAAAGUGAACAAUGUACAUCCCAGUUUCUCGAAGUCCAAGUUGAUCAAUUAUUUUUCUGAUCAUUGCAGCUCUGUGUGGACUGACAAGUUUUCUGGUUGACACUCAUCCAGUUGCACUGUAUGGUAAUGGUAUGUCGAUCUGGAGCUGCCUUUUUCAGCUCUUGAGUAUUUCUCAGGGACAUCUAACUGACAUGAAAACAUACCUUUUGUAGUGUAAAUUCAGCAACAACAGUGAAACAAUUCACCAAAUUUUUUUAAAAAAAAAUGCACCGUACGUAGAAAUGAUUGACUUCUCAAAAAAAAUUUUUUUACAAUAUGUGUGUUUUCCAACCAAGUGAAGCCUUAUAAACUUUACAAAACACAAGCUUUAAAAGCAGAAUCUGCAGCUGAAUACACAAAAUGUCAUUAUUUUUACUACCAUCCAGAGAGUACACAAAGUAGAUCAGAUUGUAUCUGUUGCACAUUGUCUCUUUUCAUAAGUACAACAAUUCACUUUCUGUUUUGAAAUCUUAAGUAUCACAGUGUUGAAACACUGUAAGAUUUCUUAAAACAGGCAGUUUACCAAUGUAGCCUCUCUGUGUCAGUGGUUCUCAAGUGGUGUGCCGUGGGAUUUUCUGACAGCCACACAUAAUUAUUGCAAUAUUCAACUGGGCCUCUACAAAGAGUUAUGAAAUUUUUUUUAAUCAGUAUGUUGUGUGCACCCAUUUCCAAAUAAAGAGGCGAACUCUACCCAAAAAAUGUGAUUUUAAUUUAAUUUAAAAAACCUUCACAGGACCUUCUUGUUGCCGUUCAUGCGAGGGAAUUAUAAGUGUGUGACACAUCACUUUAUCCUACAUUAUUUCCCUUUUAAAUGGAUGUGUUAAUGGUGCUUUGGUGUGAUUUUAAAAUGUUUAACAUGAAUUCUUGAAUCAUUUUGUUAAUUAAUAUUCCAUGAGUGAAGAUGGUUGUCAGCUGUUAUUUGAUAUAAGUAAAUAAAAACAAACAUUCAUGUCACGAUAAGAGUGAUGAGACAGGUUAUAGAGUCUAUUGUGCCUUGAGAUUUUGGCACCCUUUGGAGUGCCUUGGGCACAAACAGUUUGAAAACCACUGCUCUAUGUCAUACAUGCUUUACUGAUGAAGAUUUUUAAAGUGUCAUACUGGGUAAAAAGCCACCGAUGAGGAUUUGUGCAACACUGACUCCAUACACAAGGGCAGAAAACCAAAUAAACCAAAAAUAAUUUUAACACAAUGGUGUCACUUUUCAUCUUCCUGGUUAAAAAAUUAAGAUUUUAUUCUGUUGUUACUAUGGGUUGAAUUUUGCUCGAUGAAAGAAGCAGUUUAAUGUAAUUUCUUGUAUUUUAUAUAUCGUUCUGCCACUAGUAGGUUUGCUUUGUAAUUGUAAUCCAACAUAUUAAGCUUCAGCCAAAUGUCAAAGGUCACCAAUCUGGAUUCUAAAAGUCUGUCAUUUGCCAUUAAAACAUGUUCAGAUAUUUCCUAAA